AUAAGAAAAUGAAUUAGCCUAAAUGGGCAUCAGAAAUAAAAGAAUGGCUCGUUUGUAUAAAAAUCAAAUAAAAAAAUAUAAAACAAUUAAAUAAAUGAAUCUUGUAUAUGAUAAUAAAUCCCGUUCUCCAGUCCCUGAAAGAUUUAAUUGUGAAUUUGUGGAAGAAAAUAAACUCGGAUAAAGGGUUUAUAAGCUUAUUCCAACCCCAAGAUAUGUCUAAUUAUAGGAAUAAUAUGAAAGUUUAUAAGGUUAAAUGGACCCUUAGGUGGUUUUUGAUUUUUUAUAAAAUAAUCCUUUUAUAGUAGACGCAUUGUAUAAUAUGUUUGAGUUUUUUAGACUUUAAGGUAAUUUUAAGGAAGCAAACGCAAUGUUAGAAUAGAUUCUUUUCAUUUACGAAGAUUGCUUUGGGUAUGAAUUUGGUAAAAUUUUCGACGAUUGCGAGAAUAUUUACUGUUUGUAAUUUAUGGAUAAUAAAUUCGCGAAUUCUUUAUUUAAUGCUUUAUUGAAAUUUAUCGAUUUAUUAGGAAAAAAAGGGUGCUAUAGAUCAGCUUUGGAAUACAAUAAAUUUCUUUUGAAAUUAAAUGUGGAAGAAGACCCUAGUGGAGCACUUUUGUGUUUAGAUUAUAAUGCUUUGAGUUCCAAAUAGUAUGAUUAUUUGGAAUAUUUUGUGAAGUUUUUUGCCAAAGAAAUAUAUAAAAACUCCAAGUAUU